AUGACAGAAAAAUUUGACCUGCCAAUGGCAGAUUACAACCAGCCCAAGCUUCUUUAUUGCAGCAAUGGUGGUCAGUUCCUGAGGAUCCUUCCAGAUGGGAAAGUGGAUGGAACAAGGGACAGGAAUGACAACCACAUUCAGUUACUGCUCAGCACAGAAUAUUUUGGUGCGGUGUACAUAAAGGGCAUUGGAUCUGGAUUGUACUUGGCUAUGGAUAUCAAUGGACGCUUACAUGGCUCGCAGUUGCCAACAGCAGAGUGUGUGUUCCUGGAGAAAUUGGAAGAAAACAAUUACAAUACUUACAAGUCAAAGAUGCACGCAGAUAAGAACUGGUAUGUUGCCUUGAAGAAGAAUGGAAACAGCAAAUUGGGACCGAAGACUAAUUAUGGCCAGAACGCAAUUCUUUUCCUUCCUCUGCCAGUGUCACCUGAUUAGAUUGCUUCUGCUCCUCCCCUCCGUUAGAAAAGUUGUCCUGUAAAAUUAAGCAGCCAGUGAACUUUCCCUUUUGUCCCCUUUGAUUCUCUCUCAUACUAGAAACAAACAGAAAGAUGGACCACGAAGUACUUGAGAUGGAAAAUAUGUACUGCAUCUCUAAAAUGUCCAUUCAGCCUCAACAAUUCCAUUGGCAUACCAUAGCAUUACGUACAAAAUGAAUCUGUUAACAUGGCUAGAAAAGCAUUAUCUUAGUGUAUCGUUCCCAUAGCCUAGACAGCCUAUAAUAGAGCUUCCCACCUUGAAAGCGCAUAUUCACGAGGCCCAUUUCAAGGUUAUAGAAGACGGCUUUUAAGAAUACUUGUGCAUCACACAGAAGCAAAAUACUUAAACUAUACAACCAUUUAAAACCAACAGACUGUGUGCCAAGGGCAAAGAAACAUAUAUAUUCAUUAUAUAUAUGAUAUGAAUAUUCAUAAUUAUGAAUAUAAUUUCCCACUCCCAAACCAUUUAAAUCACACAAGCUUAUUACAACAAAACUGAAAAUUAUACAAGUCUAUCAGACUGAAAUCUAGGGUACUUACAUAUUUAACUGUGCGCCUAUAUCUCAUGACUUAGAAGUUUGGGUCCCGGCAUUAGUUUCCCUGUAUUGAUGUGGUUUUCCAGUACAGCCAGUUGUUUCUCACCAAGCCAGGAAACUGGUAGAUACAAAUCCCACCGACCAUAUAUAGGUAGUCCUCGAGUUACGACCACAAUUGAGUCCAAAAUUUAUGCUGCUAAGUGAAAAAUUUGUUAAGUGAGUUUGUCCCAUUUUAUGACUUUUCUUGCCACAGAUGUUAAGUGAAUCGUUGCGUUUAUUAAAUUAGUAACAUGUUAAGUGAAUCUGGAUUCCCCACUGACUUUGCUUCUCAGGUCACAAGAGGUGAUCCCACUGAACCACUGCCACACAUCUGAAUUUUGAUCAUUGACCAUGGAGUGCUGCAAUGGUCAUAAGUGUGAAAAAUGGUCAUAACUUUUUUCAGCGACAUUGUAACUUUGAACGGUCACUAAAUGAACUGUUGUAAGUCGAGGACUAUCUGUAAACCAUGGGAACACUGCCUCUGAUUAAAAGCCUGAUGAUAACAUUGUUACAGUAUGUAGCUAGAGCAGUGAUGGCUAACCUUUUUGCCAUCAUGUGCCAGGAGAGGGGGGCAGGGAGGUUCGUGUGUCUCUAGGUGUCUCAGGAGGCUGGAGACAGCAAAAAAACAUCACUUCCUGUCCCACCGGGCGUUGGGAAAUGGGCCAUUUCAGGCCUCCAGAGGGCCUCCAAGGGGGUGGGGAAGGCUGUUUUCACCCUCCCCAGAUGCAUAGAGAGGAUCUGGAGCCAGGUGAGAAAGAAAAACAGGCCUUCCCCACCCCCACCCCCCCAGGCCCUCCAGAGGCAGGAAACAGGCUGUUUCCUUCCUGCCCAUAAGGCCCGAAAAUCAGUUGGCUGGCGCGCACAUGCGCACCAGAGCUGAGCUGGCAUGCCCACUGACACGGCUACAUGUGCCAUAGGUUCGCCAUCACAGAAUUAGAGUAAUUGACUAACUUUUUCCAUGUGAGAUUUAUUUAUUUAUAUUUAUUUAUAUUGAUUUCAAAAAUGCUCUACUCCAGGUGACAUAAUAAAAGCAGAACAAUAAAAGGGAAUCAGAUGAUAUGCAUUCAGAUAGAUUGAAUACAAAAGAAUAAUAUUGUAUAAGUAAAAGAGUAAAAUUGUAUUUGUACCCAAAUAUUAUAGUGGUUCACCCAGGACUUUGCCCCAAAGCUUGGGAAAAUAGCCCCAUAUAACAUAAUCAGUGUCGGAGCCAUAUGGGUCUCCGGGGGGAAAUGAUUCCAAAGGCUUCUCUCUGUUUAACAGAAGAGACUGUGCACAAACUCUGCCAGAUUUCAUCCAAUGGGCAAAAACGAGAUAUGCAGGAACCUUAUUAAUAUCCAGAUCAGCGGUAUCAUAUGGGUUCAUGGGUUCAUUUCCAUGAAAUGUCUGUGGCUUUGAAAGAAUAAACCAGUGAGAGUAAUUAUACUACGGUUAUAAAGAUAAUGCAUAUAUUACAUAUACAACAGCCCCUCAAAUGGAAGAUAGGAGAGCAAAAGUUAGGAAAGGAACAUUGGAGAAUCAAAUGGAAAUUAUUAUAGGCUUCUACCAUCCUGUAUAUAAUUCAGAACCUUCAAAAUAUAUAUAUAUAUAUAUACAUUGUUAAUUGCUGCAUUGUCCUGUGCUUGAAGAUAAUGUUUGCAAGAAAGUGCCCAAUAAACUGCAAGUGACAACAGCAUGCUCCUCCUUCGAUAAAGAGGGCCCACUCGUUCAUGGUCCUGGAUUAUGUUAGACUACUUGCAUAGAGCUCUGCUUUCUUGGGUUGUAUUGGUUUGUGCACUGUGCUUCUGUAACUAAAGAAAAUUUACAACUUAAA